GGUCUAAAACAAGGGUUGAAAAACUAAAUGCAAACCAAAUACCUCCUCCAUUACCAGGGAUUAGCAUUGCAAACAUCUCUGAUUUGCAUCCAGCUAUCCCUGGAGGUUAUUGUUUUGUUCUAGUUAAUAGCAGAAUUUAUUUGGCAGAAAUCAUUGCAAUGUAUAAAAAAGUUUCAAAUUUGCAUCUUUAUGUUGAUUCUCCA